AUGAAGUUGCGUAGAGUGGCAGGGACCGCUGUCGGCUGGUGCGCCGUAUGGUUAGCAGCGGUAGCGGUAGAGGCCGCCUUCGUGCCUACGGAUGUGCAGUUCAGGGAACCGACGAACCUAAUUUCUCCGAAAAAUCCGUCGCGCAUGUGUCAAACCUUGUGCGGCCGAUGUAACUGCGGUGGCCAGCUUCUAAGUGAAACCGUGUGCCAGUGUACCUGUGAUAAUUUGAUGGAAAAUGAGGAAGUCCGCAGCUGCACUGCACGGAUGCAGUUCCUAUGUAACCAGAUGGAUGUGCAGUGUGACAUCAAACCAUCAGUAAAUGAGACCACUCUGCGUGUACCGCGUGGAUCUGAUGAAGGUUACGAAGAUGUUAACUACAAUUACGGAUACGAAGGAGACUACGGGUAUCAUGAAGAGGAACCGGAGGAUGAGGGGCAUCACAAGAAGAAGUGGAAACACAAGCACAAGGGCAAACAUAAGCAUAAGCACAAGAAACAGAAAUACUCCAAGUUCCGCAUAGUCAUUAAAGGUAAGGUCCCCAAUUUAUGCGAUCACGGAGAAGGCGAAUCACACGGAGGGCACGAGGAGCAUGAAGAAUAUCGUGCGGCACCGCUGGAGCACGGUCCCGUGUACGGACCGCACCCUCCGCCAGACAUCCCUCCGUGGAUGAAGCCAAAGAAACCAACCAAACCGAAAAACUUCCGGAGACCGCAACCUUUCGGUCGUCAACGAAUUAACGCGCAACCGAGACCACAGCAUCUUCCUGGUCCGAUAGAUGAGCCACCACCACAAGAUUUACCUUCAGAUCCUGAGCUCCAUCCUGACCAUCCAUCAGGUCCACCAGAGCCACCACCGGAGUUACCUUCUAACCGGGACUCAGAAGAAUCACAAGAUCCACCUCCGGAAGCGUUUCCGGAAGUUCCAGAGAUGCAUUUUCAUCCGCCACCGCGACGCAUCGAGACGUCAAGAAGUUUUGAGAAACCAGCCUACUCGGAUUGUCAUUUUGGGCGCCAUGAUUCUCCGCAGCAACCGCGCUACUAUCAACCGCCGCCACCUCCACCACCACCACCACCACCCUCAUAUCAUGGUUCCUACACCCGAGCCCAUUUCUACGACCUACCAAGUCAUCAUCAUUCAUCGUUCAGUUACUACGCACCACAGGAAGAGUACAAACCUGCUCGAAAGCAUCUCGUAGGAAGCCCUGAACCAUCCUACUACCACGACGAGCACUCUAAUCAUGAUGCUGAUGGUCAUUAUCAUCAUCAUCAUCAUCAUAGUGAUCAUGGUUACGCUAGUCAUCAUUAUUAUCACGAGAUCGAUCCGUUCGCCGAGAAUGAUCCGAAUGAUUGGGCUUCCUCAUCGGCACCGGAUCGUGAUCUGUUCACGUUCAACCAGCUCGUCAGCCGUCAGAUCUGGUUGAACCAACGGGCCGAGCUGUACGCGACGGAUCCGUUCCAGCCCACUCCACGGCCACUGCGGGAUGAGUUUGAGGCUCCAUCGGAGGGUAACGGUCCGGGAGAGUACGAAAACGAUGGACCAGUGGAGAAGGAACCUUCCCCUCUUCAUCCACCGGAGGAUGCGUUCAUAUAUCCCGUACCACCACCGGCCAGUCCGGUCGAGAAUCCAACCGCAGAGCAUCGCCCGCUCACUUAUGAUGUGGCGGAGGUGAUGGUUUAUCCGACGGUCACACCGCCACCGCACUAUCUGAAGGUACAGGCGGCCAAAGGAUUCGAUCCGCUUCCCGGGCGCGAUCCAUUCAACCCUUAUGCUCCCUAUGAUGGGCACUACGAUUCCUAUCUGAGACCGUACCGGAGUAGAUCUCGUUAG